AUGGCGAAGAAGGCUGCCCCGAGCAGCGCCGCCCCGUCGGCCCCCUCCACAGGCACCGCGACGCCCAUACAGACGACGACGAACACCAUUGGGACGCCGAGCGCUGCUCCUGCCGUCCCAAAGAAGAUCGGUACCGCCAGCAGCAACCGAUGGGACCAGAUCGCCCUGAACAUCGUCGAAUACUACCAGAAGAACACCCCGCAGCGGACCAAGCUGAUCGACGUCUUCAUGGUUUUCCUGGUCGCCGUUGGUGGAUUGCAGUUCCUGUACUGCAUCCUGGCCGGUAACUAUCCGUUCAACGCCUUCUUGUCGGGUUUCGGAGCCACGGUUGGCCAAUUCGUUCUCACAGCAUCCCUCCGAAUCCAGACCACCGAAGCAAACAAGCCGGAAUUCCCAGCAGUUUCACACGAGAGAGCAUUCGCCGAUUAUGUUGUCGGCAGUCUGAUCUUGCACUUCUUCGUCAUCAACUUCAUAAACUAA